UUUGAGAUAACGUAACGUAAGCGUUAUGUGAUUUCCAAUAACUAGUUUCUUAACUAGUGAUUUUUAUAACUAGUUAUUUUCACAACGUUCUGAAGCAAACGUGAUAAUUGUAACGUAAAAUCGUUUGGUUAGGUAGCAGUAUAACUUAAUUCUUCUUCACGCACACGUAUUGUAAAACCAGUGAUUUUGCGUGAGUAGUGAAAGUAGCCAAACAUCGACGCUAUGCCUUAAACAUAAGAGUGAAUUCGAUUUAACUUUAUGGCGUUGUGAUUAAAAGAGUUAUUGAAGACUGAUGCCUAUUUCGAUCGUUUAAAUGGCGUUAUGAAUAUCACUAGUUUUUGUUGUAGUGGAAAACGAGUGAUCACUGUUCGAGCUCGUAACUGCAUAUAUAACCAGUUAUGGUUAAUAACGCCCAUCGCUAUUGUUUUGUUUGACAAUUGAUAAGUGGGUCUGUGGGUGGUCGGUUCAAUCAUCUUGGAUUUCGUUUUUCGACAAACAUUUGGCGUAAAACUAAUGGAAAACAGAUAUUAACCAUGUCGGAGAGAGACUACGCACCCUUAAGCAUAGCCUGCGUCCGCGGGCUAUGUGAUAAGAUAUAUGACAAAAGAAAAUUCGCCGGCGUUGAAAUAGAGAAGAUGGUGAAAGACUUUAGCGACGCGAACAACACGAGCCAGAUCAAGCGGCUGAUCCGAGUGCUGGGGCAGGACCUGAUGGCUUCCACCAACCCCAACGUCAAGAACGGGGCGCUCAUGGGACUCUCCUCUGUGGCCGUGGGUCUGGGCAAGGGUUGCGUCUCGUACCUGCCAGAGCUGAUCCACCCGAUAGUGGCGUGCUUCAGCGAGAGCGAGUCGCGCGUCCGCUACCAGGCGACGGAGGCGCUGUUCAACGUCGUGAAAAUAGCGCGCGGCGCGGCGCUGGCGCAUUUCCCGCUCGUGUUCGACGCGCUGGCGCGACUCGCGGCCGAUCCCGAGCCGCAGGUCAAGCAAGCCGCCGAGUUGCUCGACAGGCUUGUCAAGGAUAUAGUAACGGAGAGCUCUAUGUUCGAGCUGGCGGCGUUCAUCCCGAUGUUGCGCGAGCGCAUGUACACGCGCAACGCGUUCGCGCGACAGUUCCUCGUGUCGUGGGUGUGUGUGCUGGAUGCCGUGCCCGACAUCGACCUCAUACCGCACCUGCCCGACCUGCUGGAUGGACUGUUCAAGAUGCUCGAUGACGCUAACCCGGAGAUACGACGCAUGUGCGACGUGCAGCUGUCGGAGUUCCUGCGCAGCAUCAAGAAGCAGCCGGCGCGCGUCGACUUCCAAGCCAUGAUCAACAUACUCAUCACGCAUGCGCAGUCCAACGAGGAGCUCGCACAGCUGACGGCCAUCACGUGGAUCAAGGAGUUCGUGGAGCUGGCGGGCGCGGCCAUGCUGCCGUACGCGUCGGGCAUCCUGUGCGCCGUGCUGCCCUGCCUCGCCUAUGCUGACGAGCCACGAAAGAGCAUAAGAGAGACGGCGGCGACAGUGAAUUUCCAGCUGACGAAGCUGGUGGUGCCCGAGCCGGGGGGCACGCCGCCGCCCGAUGGCGGGGCUCCCCCGGCGGAGGCGGAGGGGGGCGGCGGCGAGGAGGGGGGCCGGCUGCAGCUGCAGGCGCUGGUGGGCGUGCUCACACAGAUGCUGCACCACAACUCCGUGCACACCAAAGUUGCUGCGCUAGAUUGGAUACUACAUCUCUACAAUAAGCUGCCCACAGAGAUGGUGAAGCAGACGGAGUGCCUGUGGGGCGCCGUGACGGCGUCGCUGGCGGACGGCGCCGACGACGUGGUGCGCCGCGGCCUGGCCGUGCUGGCCGAGGUCUGCUCCUGCUCCGCCACCGACGGCGAGCUGGAGUCGAGCCCGUACUACUACCGGUUCCUGCGCGCGCUGCUGCGGCUGCUGGCGGCCGACGAGAACCUGCUCGAGGACCGCGGCGCCUUCAUCAUCAGGCAGCUGUGCGUGCUGCUGAGCGCGGAGGCGGUGUACCGCGCCGUGUCGCAGGUGCUGCGGCGCGAGGCGGAGCCCGGCUUCGCGGCCACCAUGGUGCCCGUGCUCAGCACGCUGCUGCUCACCGCGCAAGAGCUCUACCACCUGCGGCACCAGCUGCGCGCCUUCGACACACAGGCGACGCACGAGCUGUUCAAGGCGCUGUACUCGUGCUGGUGCCACAGCGGCGUGUCGCUGCUGGCGCUCUGCCUGCUCACCCACAACUACCACCACUGCAACCAGCUCAUCGCCACAUUCGGCGACCUGGAGAUCACGGUGGAUUUCCUCACUGAAGUAGACAAGCUGGUGCAACUUAUAGAAUCUCCCAUAUUCGCAUACCUGCGGCUGGAGCUGCUGGGCGGGCCGGGCGCAAGCGAGCUGCGCGGCGCGCUGUACGGGCUGCUGAUGCUGCUGCCGCAGUCCGACGCCUUCCACACGCUGCGCCGGCGCCUGCAGUGCGCGCCGCUCGACCACCAGCUGCAGCCGAGCCGCGCGCCGCCCGCGGGGCCGGCCGCCGCCAUCCCCUGGGACGAGCUGCUGGCCGAGUUCAAGCGCGUGCAGGCGGCGCGUCGCAGCCACGCCAUGCUGGAGCGGCCGCGGGGCUGCGCGCCCAGGGGGGGCUCGUAGCGGGGCUGCGCGCCCAGGGGGGGCUCGUAGCGGGGCUGCGCGCCCAGGGGGGGCUCGUAGCGGGGCUGCGCGCCCAGGGGGGGCUCGUAGCCGUAGCGGCGAGGGCCGCCGUGUACGCGGGUGAGCACAGCAUCGCAUACUGCAACACUAACAUACCGGUCGCACAUUGGAUGAGCUUUCGAAUGAAUUUAUUUCGUGCAUGUAUACGUGAGACAAGUGAUCUAUGACUACCGAUUCGUACGGAACUUGGGCGCGCUAGCUGUCAUAUUAAGAUUGAGAUGAUCAUGUGUACGCACGAGUCGAAUUCGUACGGAAAGACAUAUAAAGUGUGACCAGCCUUACACGUUCACCGUCGUAGAUUUUAGUGUUUAUAUGGUGAGUAGUGUUGGCAGGUAUCCCGAGUGUCAGGGUUCUUAAGAACCGUCCCGCGCACCAUCAAACACAUGUCCCUAUUUAUCUCACUUAAACAAUUAAAUAUUUUUUAGUCUGUUUUACAUUGUCAUUUUUGUGAUAUAUCUGAAAAUGAACUGUCUCACCCCGUCGCUUACAUGAAAUAAUACAUAAUCGAAACGACAAGAAGAAUACCAGUGGAUAAUACGAUGUAGAUAUUGUUAUUUAAAACAAGGUAGUAUAACGUUUAAAGGCUCGUCAUAGAGAAUGUCCGCAGUGUGUGACCACUGGGCGGCGACGCUCGCCACAUUGCGUCUCUUGUAACAGUAUAAUUCCGGUUUACUAAGUAGAUCGUAGAUCUUUCUAUGUGACAAGCUUUUAAUUUAAUUAUGAUAAGUUAUUGAGUUAUUUAGAUAGCUGAAAAAUAAUUUUCUAGCAAUAUUUUAAGUCACAUGCAUAAAUAGAUUAAAUUUUAGCUGUAAAUGGAUUACCGCAUUUUGAACGUCGAUUAGAAUAUAGAAUGCCCUACAAAGCACUAUAUGCAUUAGGUAUAGAAUAUAUUUUUUUAUUAAAACUUGAAUGGUCUGCUAGUUUGUUAAUACGACCUCGGAACUAACUACAUGUUAACUGGAACAAAUUAAAGUAAGUAAGGGAAAUAGGCACUAGGGGAUCACAUGCGGAGUAUUAUACUAUAAUAUAAUAUUGUAAAUACAAUAGAGACGGUUAUUGUGUAUAAGAUCAUUUAUUGUUGUAAAAUGUGUACAUUCCCAAACAGAGUAACCUAUCAAUAAUAUUCGUGUGAAGAAAACGAUUUUUACAAUUUUAUUGCUAUAUAAUAAAACUUAAUUACAAUAA